AUGGCCCUUUACGAAGGGAUCGCUCUUAUUCAAGAAAAGCAAGCAGUGGUUUUGGAUCUUGGUCAUGACUAUACCAAAUUCGGUUUUACGGGAGAGGCGGCACCACGAUGUAUCAUUCCCUCAAGUUUUUGGAGCCCAGAUGAAAAGCGUUACAAGAGAGUGUAUGAUUACAAAGAUGAAGAUGAAUUGUAUGAGAACCUUGUACAUAUGCUGCAUCUACUGUAUUUUAGACAUGUCCUAGUGAAUCCCAAGGAGCGUAAGGUAGUAGUAGUGGAGUCUCUUCUAACUCCUACACUCUUUAGAGAAACUCUCGCCAAAGUGCUGUUCAUGCAUUAUGAGGUGUCGGGUGUGAUGUGGGCGGACAGUGCUCGUCUGUGUGCCCUCACACUCGGCACUAACAUCACACUUGUUGUGAACAUUGGAGCACUCGAUGCUGAGGUGGUGGCUGUGGUCCACGGCAGCCCCGUCAUCCACGCCAUCCAGAGCGGUCCGCUGGGAGCGGGCGCCGUGUCCGCGGAGCUCGCCCGUCUGUUGGACGAGCAGCACGGGGACACGCUCCGACUGACGGAGCACGUGCUCGAGGACAUCCGCGUGAGGGCCUGCUUCGUGCCGGGCAGAGCGCGCGCCCUCACGCUCGACCAGCCGGGGACGGUGGAGGCGCGCGCGGUGUGUGUCACCGGCCCGGAGAGGGUGCUGACUGUGGGCGGACGGGCGAGGGAGCGAGCCGCGGAGGUCCUGUUCCUUAGAGACAACGAGAUGGCGUCGCUACCCGACCUCGUGCUCAAGUGUAUCCUGCAGUGUCCCAUCGACGCGCGGCGCGAGCUGGCCGCCAACGUGCUGGUGACGGGCGGCGGCGCGGCGCUCACCGGGCUCAAGGCGCGCCUGGCCGCCGAGCUGAGGCACCUGGUCACGCUGCCGCCCUACAGGAGUUCGCUGCACUCGCUCCAGUUCUCGUUCCACCGCGCGCCGUGUCCGGACAGCUCGGUGUCGUGGUCGGGCGGGUCGCUGGCGGGCGCGGCGGACGGCGGCUCGCGGGCGCUGCUCCGGGACGUGUACUGUCGGUCGCGGCGCCUGCGGGACUGGCCCUGUCUGUUACACACCACGCCGCCCGACCAUCAUCACUGGGCAGAGCUACAAUGCUGA